CCCAGGAAGGCAGAAGAAAGGAAGCUCUUCACGACCCCUGCGUGCUGUCGUGUUUUGUCAUCGAUUAAUGCUUCCUUCAUCUCAUUUUAGUGGUACUGGAUCAAUAAAUCUUUAACGCCGGACCAUCGGAGUUAUCAGUUCAACAAUACCGAUCGUUUUAGUGAUAACAAAGGCGUUCAAAUAAUGGUAGGGGAAACGGGAGCCGCUACUGAUUUCUCUGCGCCCUGGACGCACCAAAACAGGCGAUCUUGUAUUGCGCACCACGACGCACAAGGCACGUGUGCGCGCCGGUUAUCGUCGAUGAACUUCACCACCUCUGCCAGACCCUAGAGUCAUUUGGAUAUCUACUGCCGCCUGCGAUAAGGCAGCCGUUGCUCUGCCGCACGCCUGGAAGGACGAUUUGGAUUCAGAAGCCAACAAGUGGAAACUGUCAGCGUAUUGUUUUAGGGGGGUCUUGGUCUGCGCUCGCACGUGGAUUUGGUCAGUUUUGUUUUUGAUGUGACCCGUAACGCCGAGGUAUAAAGCCCUCGCCUCUCAUCUGGUCUGUGGGUGCAGAUUUGAGCCCAUCGACCUGCUGAUUCUUUACGGCGCGUCCUCGGCGACGCUGGAGCAGACAGAGCCGGGGACUCUGAGGAAUGCGGAGCCGAGAUUUUGUCUUUUCCAGCUCACCUGCGGAACUCUUCGCAGCUCACUCCAAACCGACCGACGCAGCCGGUGAGCCCGCGGAGCGCCAUGCUGAGGCAGAUACUCCUCAACUCCACCAACACCCCAGACUUCGACCUGGUGCUCAUGGCCCAGUCCAGCACACACGCCCCCUCCUCCCUGAACGCCUCCCACGGCGGCUCGGUGAGCGUGGCCGCUCUCCUGAGACCCACCACGGGGAGAGGAGGAGGAGGGCUCCGGGAGGGCGAGUUCCACAAACCGGACCUGAUCACUUACAUAGUCAUGUGCCUACUGCUUUUCCUCUUGGUGCUGCUCAUUGUAUUCUUCAUCAACUGCCAGCUCCGAAACUCUUUCUUCGCCUCCAUGCCAUAUGACAGGUCACUGAGAGAGGCCCGGAGCUCCUACAAAUAGGCCAGACCACCAGAAGAAACUCCGGGAUUCUUUGUAUUUAGUGAGACUCAUGUGGGAAUUUAAGGAUUACCCACGGACUGCUGCUACUGCGCACAUUUGGACACAUGAUGUUGUUGCCUUUGUCUGGGACACAUUAAGGGAAAUAAUCCGGAGUCAGCCAGGAAGUGUAUCACACGUUUUCACUUCAAGGGCCGCAGUCACACCCCCCAAACGAAAAGUCUUAUCAGUGUUGUGGGUCUACGUCAGGUGCAGGGAAACAGUAUAAUUUCUGAUCAAAUUAGUGACUCAUAGGGCCUGCACUUUCCAGUUGCCCAAAUAAUGUGAAACAAUCCAUCAUCCGCCGUAGCCCUCCUGCGCUCCCCACCGAGCAGAAACACAUUUACAGUGCUCCCAAGCUCAUACUAACACGUCUAAUUGCCUACAAAUUAGACAUGGCAAAUGCGGGUUGAGUCCAUAUUCCCAGAUAUUUGACACUGGCCAACACAGAAAGCCUCUAGGCUGUAUCGAUUAACUAUCUAUAAACUAUUUGGAUCUGUCUUGUCUUGUGAAACAAAACGAUUACGAUUUUCGACCUCACGUCCAUUGUAAAAGAUUGUGGGUAUACAUAAAGAUAUUCAAAUCUGCUUUAAAGAGUCAGUCUUUGCGUCUGUGCACCUGUAUUUGAAUGGCGACGACUGGAGAUGCUGCAGCUGCUGAUGUGAAGGGCCAACUGUUUAUCAUUUAAUACCCCGCAGAGACGUUUUUACGAGUGCCACGGGGCUGGCGGUGUUAUCGCGCACAUUCACUUUUAAUUAACCUCUCUCCCACACUUCAUAGCGCCAACAUCCGGAAGAAUGAAGACUCGAGGCUGAAGUAUGAUGAACCCUGCGCGAUAAACCAAACUGCUGUGUGUUUCAGUGCCACCGGUGAUGCGCAAAUCCUCUCCAAUCUUGUUGUUGGAAAACAUCUCACACAUACCAAGACAGAUGAGACUAUCUCUGUAAUCCUGUGCCUAUGUGUGUGUGUGUAUGUGUGCGCGCGCGUGAUUGCGUGUUCUUACCCAGGUUUGUGUGCGUGUGAGAUGAAUGGAAACAUUGCAUUUCGAGUACUUAACCCGAAAUUACCCAACUCAAAAGAACCGAGUCAAAAAUAUGUUGAACUUUCAUUCAUUCAGUGUCUCCCGAAUGCUUCAUCUGAAAUGUAAAUUUCCUUUGAGAUCAGCUAAACGUGGUGUUUACUUUUUUUGUCUGUGGUGCAUAAUCAAAAUAAAUUGUGGAUUUGAGAAGUCA